CAAGGAGCGGCCUCAGGACGCUCCAAACAGUCCUAGCUGGGCAAAAUGUUCCACCGCCCGGGUCUGGUAACUGGCGGGAUAUCAAAGACUGGCACAUCGGGCUGGACUCCGGGCAGCAGCACAUCGGGCAGGACUCCGGGCAGAGGCACAUCGAGCUGGACUCCGGGCAGAGGCACAUCGAGCUGGACACCGGAUCACCAGGCGGAGCGGCAGGCACCGGGCCACCAGGCGGAGCGGCAGGCACCGGGCCACCAGGCGGAGCGGCAGGCACCGGGCCACCAGGCGGAGCGGCAGGCAUCGGGCCCCCAGGCAGAGAGCCGGGCCCUCAGGUGGAGCGGCAAGCACCAGGCCCCCAGGAGGGGCGGCAGGCACCGGGCCCCCGGGCGGAGCGACAGGCAUCGGGCCCCCAGGCGGAGCGGC